CGGCGUGGUUGCACUGGUUGCGUGCGAUUGCUGCGGGACCAACCGUGUGCUGCUGGUGGUGCGAUUGAUCCCCCCCGUGGUGUAUGUGUGUGUGUGUGCGUGUGUGUGUCAGAGAGGAGGAUCGUUUCUUGGAUUUCGCUGGGGCACGAUCUUGUAUGCCGUCCGCGACCGCGGCUCGUGCCCGAGACACUUGUAUGCCAGCCCGGCGUCGGCGUUGAGCGCGCGAUCUAACUAUGAUCAAGCUAUUCUCGUUGAAACAAGCGAAAAAAGAUGGCGAGUCACCCAAGGCUGGCACCCAGAAGAAGGCGUCCGCGGCACAGCUGAGGAUCACGAAAGACAUAAACGAACUCAACCUCCCGAAAACGUGCGGCACGGAAUUCCCGGAUCCCGACGAUUUGCUAAGCUUUAAAUUAAUCAUCUGUCCAGAUGAAGGAUUUUACAAAGGCGGUAGGUUCGUGUUUAGUUUUAAAGUCGGGCCCAAUUACCCGCACGAGCCGCCUAAGGUGAAGUGCGAGACUCAGGUUUAUCAUCCUAAUAUCGAUCUGGACGGUAAUGUGUGCCUCAAUAUUUUGCGAGAGGACUGGAAGCCCGUACUCACGAUCAACUCCAUCGUUUAUGGUCUCCAGUAUCUCUUCUUAGAACCAAAUCCUGAGGAUCCGUUAAAUAAGGACGCGGCGGAAGUUCUACAGAACAACAGAAGGGCUUUCGAACAAAACGUAGCGAAAGCGAUGCGGGGUGGUUACGUAGGAUCCUUGUAUUUUGAACGGUGUCUCAAGUGAUACAGUGCCUCGCCGUCAAUACUGUACACGCUUCUCCAAGGACUCACUGUAGGUGAAGAGAUCCUGAACUACGGAAUGAGUGUAGGACCGCACGGUGUCCUCAUUAUCACAUGCGUGAUAACAUUAACAUAUUUACUUUCUUUAUGUCUUGCCAGGCCUAUAUACAUUUAAUUUGGAGAUAAAACCUGCUCUUUCGUUAGCCAAAACCCGUGGGCGAAUUGUUCCGUUCCGUCGUUUCCGAUGAUUAUCGAAAAAUGUUUAUUGGCCGUGGCGUUAUUUUAGUGAAUUUGAAGUGCAGUGUUGAGGGGCUCGUAGAAUUAUAGUUUGACAAUUUGGCAGAUAAAUAGAUGUUACGGAUGCGAGACGUUUGAUUGUGCUGCAUACAUAUGCAAUUCUGGACCCGAAAUUGGAAGGUUUUUGGAUCCUGAAUUUUUAAACCCGUCUUUUUUUCCGUGUUUUUAUAGGUAUCUUAAUUUAAGAAAUAUUUAUUUUCUAGGGAGCGGCACGCGCGCGCGUGACCCAUUUUCACAAUAAUUAUUCGCCGUAGCAUCUAUCUGAAAUCUGCUCUUCAUUUAAAUAUAUGUACAAGUAACUUAUGUAUUGACUGAAAAUGGAAUAUAAGGCUGUUACAAAACUGCAAAUGUUUCGUUUGGAUUUUCGCAAACAGCAUAUUUUUAAACCCGACAAAACAGAUUUCUUUCCGAUAUACAUAUAUAAAAAUAACGAUCUAAUUCUUUCUUUUUUUUUUAUAAAACAAGUUUGAAUUUAUUUCACACUAAAGCGAGAUUGAUUUGCUUUAUGUACAAGUACAAACCUUACAGGAGUCACUAAAACAAUUACGAGAUUAUAAUACAAUCGUGAGAUUUAUGCUACAAAAAUUUAAUUUAUUAUUAUACUUCGUAAUUACUAGAAAUGUUGGAAAGUAUAUUUUGAACGUCACACGCUUGUACAGAGUCUAUAUAAAAUAAUUGAGCAUAUCUCAAUGUAGUUUAGAGAAAUUGAUACAUGCAAGAAUCACAGAAAUACUUAUUAUAACAAAGUGUGUUGAAAUGUGCCACCGAUACUUCUUUCUGCUAUUUGCUCUUGUAUUGAUGUAUAAAAUCGGAAUAUUUAGGUAACAUCAUAUAUAUAUAUAUAUAUAUAUAUAUAUAUCUCUUCAAUCUGUAGGUAUUUUGGAAUUCAUAAUAAUAAAUAUGCAUAAUUACCAGUUAUAAGUUAAAAGAUGAUCGUGAGAUAAACUAUCCAAUAUUUAUGAAAAAACAAUUUUUUUACACGUUGAAAUUACAUGUUAAAAAUAAAAUUUUAAUGUUUCACUAUCUUUCUUCUAGAUUCUAAAUUUCUAUAAUUUACUUAAAAAAUAAUUCUACAAUUGUGAAUUCCAAAUUACUGUAUUGAUUGCGUAUAUUUUGUUGUUUACUAAAUAUAUUUAAUUUUUAGACAGAUGUAAGAGAGAGCUAAAUGCUAAUCCACAAACAUAUUGUAAACUUCAGAAAUAAAGGUCUUGGAUAAAUAAAUAAAUGACAGAUGCAA